AUGAUAAUUAUACAGUUAAGAGUUGAAACAAAAACAUGGACUCGUGAUAGUCAUGACCUAUUUGAUUAUGAAGCACAGCAAGUGAAUAAAAAAAGCUUUUUAAUAUCAACUGCAAUAAAACUCUUUCGUUCAAAAGCACAAGUUUCAUGUGUAGCUGAUAAUCCUCAAUGUUUACCCAAUACAGCUCAAGAUUAUCUUUUAUCAGUACGACCUGAAGAAGACAGAUAUAUUAUAACUCCAGCAGAGCACUCUUUAAGUAAUCAAUAUAAUAUAAAAAAAUUGUGGAUAAUAGUAAAAGAUUUACCAGAGAAGUAUUAUGCGUUACAUGAGAAUGAUAUUAUAAAAUUAGGAAGAUUUCGUUUAAAAGUAAGGCAAUUUAUUGAAUCGGUUGAUACCUUAAAUUCUUUAAAAUUAGAUGAUAAUCCUUCAAAAAAAUGUGAAACUAUUUUAGAUUCUUCAAAUAUACAAUGUAGAAUAUGUUUGAUAGAAGGAAAUCAAGAAAAUGAUCCUUUAAUAUGCCCGUGUGACUGUAAAGGUUCUAUUAAAUAUGCUCAUUUAUUGUGCUUAAGAAAAUGGAUAAAUGGGAGAUUAAAUUUAAAUGAACAAUUGUUUUCAGGAUCUGUUUUUAUAAAGGAUAUAAGUUGUGAGUUAUGCAAAUCAAAAUAUCCGAAAAGUAUAAAACAAAAUGAUGAAUUAGUUCAACUAGUUAAAAUACCUAAUUUAAAGACACCUUUAAUAGUUUUAGAUAACAUAAUUGGACAAACAAGUAAAGGAGUUCAUUUAAUUAGCUUUGCUGAUAAAAAAUAUCUCAAAUUAGGAAGAGGACAUGAAUCAGAUGUUAGAAUCCCUGAUGUAUCUAUUUCGAGAUAUCAUGCUACAAUUAAAUAUGAUAAAGGUUUAUUUAAAUUAGAAGAUCAUAACUCAAAAUUUGGUACAUUAGUUGCUUUAAGAAAAGCAAGAGAAAUAUUUCCAAGAGAUACAAUGUCACUACAAGUAGGCAGAAGUGUCGUAAAUUUUAGAGUAGAUGAAGCUAUCCCUUUUAAGAGUGGCGUUAUUGAUAUUAUUGAAAACAAAGAAGUUAUUGAUUCAUCAGAAACAACUAAUAAUGAAAAAAGUAACUCCAAUUCAACACAAAGAAAUAACACUAAUUUAGAAGAUAAUAAUAGAAAUAAUUAUGAAAGAAAUCAAUAUAUUGAUCUUACUAAUACUUCCAAUUCCUUACAAAAUUCUUAUGCACCUUAUAGAGUUGAUAAUUUAAUGUCAUUAUUAAAUUAUCAAAAUGAAUAUAGAAUUUUUGGUAUUAGAAAUUGUUAUAAUCUAAUUGAAAAUAGAAAUAAUAAUCAUAAUAUAACACAAGCAAAUUAUCAUAAUUACAAUAAUAAUAAUAAUGAAAAUAAUGAAACUAACGAAAACAAUAUAGAAAACAAUGUUGAAAAUAAUCAAAAUAUCAUAGAAAAUAACAAUGAGGAAAAUAAUGAAGAAAAUAACAACAGUAAUGAAAUUAAUGAAGAAAAUAACAACGAAGAAGAAGAUGAUGAUGAUGAUGAUGACGAAGAGAAUAAUAAUAGGAAUAAUAAUAAUGAAACAGAUAACUGUAAUAACAGUCAUAAUAGCAACCAUAAUAAUAAUAAUGAUAAUAAUAAUAAUAAUAAUAAUAAUAAUAAUAAUAAUAAUAAUAAUAAUAAUAAUAAUAAUAAUAAUAACAAUAAUAAUAAUAAUAAUAACAAUAAUAAUAAUAAUAACAAUAAUAAUAAUAAUAAUAAUAACAAUAAUAAUAAUAACAAUAAUAACAAUAAUAAUAAUAAUAACAAUAAUAAUAAUAAUAACAAUAAUAAUAAUAAUAAUAAUAAUGAUAAUAACAGUAAUUAUGAUAAUAAUAAUAAUAACAAUAAUAACAAUAACAGUAAUUAUAAUAAUAAUAAUUACAAUUAUAAUAAAAACAUUAGUAAUAAUAACAAUCAUGAAAAUAAAAAAAAUCCCAGUAGCUGUAAUAUAAAUAGCAAUACUUAUAAUAGUAGAAGUAUUUAUAACAAGAACAAUAAUGAAAAUAAUAAUAGCAUUAAUAAAAAUCAGAAUAAAUAUUUUAAAGGUAGAAACAAUGAAAAUAGAAAUAAUUAUUUUAAUAAUCGCAAUCAAGGUGUAAUAAGUGUAAUUAAUAAAUGUGAAAAUAAAAAUUUUGGUAUCAAUAAUAAUAAUAAUAUAAAUAGUAAUAACUAUAAUUAUAAUGAUAUUAAUAAAAUUAAUAAUAAUAUAAACGAAAAUUAUGAAAAAAAAAAUAUAGAAGAUAAAUUCUUUUUGCAUAAUGAAAUAAAAACUCCCCCUUUAGAUUUUUGUAAGAACGUUGAUAUUUUAAGUAAUAAUUUUUUAUCUAAUUGUAACACUAGUUCAGAAAAAAUAGUAGAGUCUUCUAAUUAUAAAAAUUAUCAAAAUAAUUUUAAUGAAAAUAUGUUUCAACAAUCAUAUUGUCACAUUAAUAAAAAUAAUGAAGUACUCAACUAUUGUUUAUAUAAAAAUACGAAUAAUCAUGACAAUUAUUCGAAUGAUAACAUUUUAAUAGGAAAACAAAUACAGAAUAAUUUUCUUAAUGAAGUUAAUAAGAAAAAUUUGGAAAUUAUUGUUAACAAUAUAAAUUCAAGAAAUGAUUUAAAAAAAGAUAAUUGUUGUAGUUAUUCUACGGAAAAUUUUCUUAAUUUGACUAAUAUGAAUGAUAUUACGUUAAAAUAUAAUUCUCUGUUAAAAAAUGAUGAUCAAUGCUCAAAUUUUUCUGAUAAAGAAAAUAUAAAAAACAAUAAAUUUUUUUUUCAAAAUUUAACAAAUACACUUGCAUUCAAAGAGGAUCAUGAUAAAUUGGUAUAUAAAAACAAGGAAAAUAAAUAUAUUAGAAAUGGAGAUGAAAAAAUAGAUAAAAUAAUUAAAAACAAUAUUAAUAAUACAUUAAAAGAGGAUAGAGAUAUCAGUAAAUAUUUUAAUUAUGAUUUGAAAACUAAUUUAAAUAACACUUUUAUAAAUAAGAUUAAAAUAAAUGAAUGUAUUAAAGAAAAGUUUAAAAAAUUUUCAAAAAUUGAUGAUAAUAACAUUUCAUUAAAUAAUAAUGUAAAAGAUUUAUAUGAACCAAAAGAAGUUGCAUUGAAAAAUAAAAAAAUAAAGAAAGUAAAUUCUCAUAAAAAGAAUAUUAUAAUAGAUUUAGCUGAGAGGAGAAAUAUUUGCAAUAAAAAACUGAAAAAAUCAGUCAACAAUGACCAAAUUGAAAAAUCAUUAAUUGAAGAUGUAAACAAAAAUAUUUUUAUUAAUGAAUGCUUUAAUGAAAAUAUCAAUAAAAUACAAACACCUUUUCAGGAAAAUGAGUGUGAUUUAACAAAACACUUAAAAACAAAUAUUCUAAAAAAUAAAGCUUUAGGUAAUAGAAUUUUUAAUUCAAUGUUUUAUAAAAAUGAUUUUAAUAAUGAAUAUUAUUGUUGUAGAAAAAAAUAUUAUAACAACGAGGAAGGAGCAUAUAACGAGAAUUGUCAUGAAAAAAAUGAAAUAACUAAAUCCAAUAAUAAUAAAAAUGAUUUUAAUAAGAGAAGAGAAUAUAAUAAAUUUCAAAUGAAAUACUUUUCUCCAUAUAUUGAUAAUUAUAAUUUUAAUUGUAAGUUUGAUAAUUCUAAUAAUUUUGUUGAUCAUUAUAAUAUAUAUAAAAAUAAAACUUGCAAUAAUUUUAAUGAAGAUAUGUGCAUUAAUGAUAAGCUUAAUUAUAGAUCUGCUAUUAAUGCAAGUAUGAACUCGGAUAUUCUUUUAAAUAAUAUUAAUUCAAACAGCGGUACUCAUUUUGAUUUAUCAUCUCCUAUAUAUAACAAUGUAAAAAACUUAUUUUUUUUAAGCACAUAUAACGAUAAUAACCUUAAAUAUAGUAUUAUAAAUAAUAAAAAUAUGAAUGAUAUGAUAAGUAACAAUGAUAAUGAUAGUGAAUAUAUAAACGAUUAUAAUUGUAUUGAUUAUAAUACAAAUGGAAAUAAAAUAAAUUUUUUAAAUUGUGAUAAUAAUAAUAAUAUUUUUAAACCAAUUCGAUAUCAAAAUAAUGGCAAGAAGAUAUCUUAUUGCAAUUUAGAAAAAAAAAACAAAGAGGAAUAUCUUGUAAAUAACAAAAAUAGGCUUUAUAAUGGUUGCGAUAAUAUUAUUAACGAAAUAAAUUUAGGAAACGAAUAUUUUCAUGAUUCAGAGGAAAGUGAAAAUAGUACUGCUAUUAAUGUAUAUAAUGUGAAGUUAAAUUCUAGAAAAAAAAAGGUUGAUAAUUAUAUGGAUUUUAAUAACAAUUUUAGAUCUUAUAAAUUAUAUAAUGAUAUGGGAAUGAAAAACAAAUUUAUUCAAUGUGAGAACAAAAACAAUGAAAAAAGUAAAUGCAGAAUUAAUGGGAAUCAUAAUGGAAAAGCGAAUGAUAAUCAAAAAAUGAAAAAUGAAAAAAAAUUAAAUAAAUAUGAAAAAAAUAACAACUAUAACGAUAAUGAGAUUAUUGACAAUAAGAACAAUAACAAUAACAAUAACAAUAACAAUAACAAUAACAAUAAUAAAGACGAUCAUAUUGACAAUGAUGAUGACAACGAUAAUAAUAAUGAUAGUGAUAAUGAUAACGAUAAUAUUGAUAAUAAUAAUAAUGAUGAGCAUGAUAAUAAUGAUAAUAAUGAUAAUAAUGAUAAUAAUAAUAAUAAUAAUAACAAUAAUAAUAAUAAUAAUAAUAAUAAUAAUAAUAAUAAUAAUAACAGUGAUAGUCAUAAUGAUAACAAUGAUAGUCAUAAUAAUAAUAAUAAUAAUAACAAUGAUAGUCAUAAUGAUAACAAUAAUAAUCAUAAUAAUAAUAAUAAUAACAAUGAUAGUUAUAAUAAUAAUAAUAAUAACAAUGAUAGUCAUAAUGAUAAUUAUUAUAAUAAUGAAGCAAAUAAUUGUAAUAACGGUAAUAAUAACAACCAUAAUAAUAAUUAUAAUAGUACUAAUUUCAAUGACAUAAAUAAUGAUAAUCAUAAUGAUAAUAAUAAUAAUAAUAAUAAUAAUAAUAAUAAUAUUAGUAAUAAUAAUGAUAAUAUUAGUAAUAAUAAUAAAGAUAAUAAUAUUAAUAAUAAUAAUAAUUACAAUGACAUAAAUAGUGAUAAUAAUAAUAGUUAUAUUUAUAACGAUAAUUAUAGUAAUAAUAAUUUUAAGAAAAAUAAUAAAAUUAAUUUCACUGAAAAAAUAAGUCAAAUAGAAGAUACGACUAAUAAUUAUGUUGAACAUUCAGAUGUAAAAAUAUGUAAAUUUAAUGAAAAGUGUAAUAAUAAUUAUGAAAUAUUACAAUAUACUGAUAUCAAUGAUGAAAAUAAAAAUAAAGAUAUAAAAUCAAAUAAAGGAAUAAUUUUUCAAGUUUAUAAAAACAAAAUUUCUGACUAUAAUUCAUCAUUAAAUGUUAUAAAUAAUAAAAAAAUAUCAUAUAAAGAAAAAAAAUAUAAAACAUUUAUAAACUUAUUAUCGAAUGAUGAUUUAAUUAAACAAAACAUAAACGAUAUUACUGCAUAA